UUAUUCAUUUUUGCGUAUUCAUUAUUUCAAUUAAAGUUGGCGUCCGACCGUUAUAACGGUCCCGCGCCACAUUGGUGACCUUGACAAGUUUCGAAGUCUUCCCUCGCGUUCGCGUACGAAUUCGUAUCCGCCGUUUCCGCGCCGAGUGCUCCCGCGCGUUUUCGCAGUAUUCGCGUCGUCGCAGUGCGCAUACCCGUCGUACGAGUAGUGAUUUCGUUCCGCGUUUAACCGUCAUGGCCGACGAAGGAAAUGCAUCUAACGCCCAGAACGUCGCUGGCAACCCGAACCAAGUCGUCGAGGCUAUUGCAAACAUGCGACUUCCGGCUUUUUGGAAACGCUCUCCAACGCUUUGGUUCAACUACGCGGAGUCCACGUUCGUUAUACAUCGCGUCACUGCCAACGCGACUAAGGUUCAUUUCGUCGUCAGCGCCCUAGACGAGGAAGCAGUGCGAAACAUCGGCGACCUCCUAAACGCGGCCGCCUUCUAUUCCGACAUCCGCACGCGCCUCAUCAGCGCGUAUGAGGUGCCCAAAGCGCUGCUCUUCCGCGAGAUCGUCAAACCCGGAGGGUUAGGUGACCGCCGACCGUCACAGCUGCUCCGCGACAUGCGUAACAGUAUGCCACCUGGCAUAGGCGAAGACGCGUUGAAGGAAUUUUGGCUACAAAAACUUCCGUCGAACGUGACCGCCAUACUCGUCAGCCUCGACGCAUCCUUGGACGAGCUGGCUGCGCGCGCCGACCGCAUUUUGGACGUCUCCAACCCGCAGAGUGUCGACGUUCUGUCCAAGGGGCAAUUUAGCGAACUGACCGACGCCGUAUCUAUGUUGACGCAGCAGGUCAAAUCCCUCACCCAGAUCGUCAACUCCGCGGAAAAGCCCUCGCGAUCUCGGGCACCCGCACGCUCGGACGCGCAGCAACCGGGGGAAAUGUGUUUCUUCCACACCAGGUUUGGCAAAAAGGCCCGCUCCUGCCGACCGCCAUGCAGCUUCAAACGGGAGUCAUGAGAAAAUCCCACG